CCCUUGAUCAUUUGGUUACAUGACCAACGCAUCCCUUACGGUGAAACGUGCCAUCCUCUAAUUGGAUCCCUGUCGGUGCAGUGAAAAGGGACAAACCACCCAAAAAUAGAGCACAUCGUCAUCUCCUCUCGCACUCCUUCUCCUUCUUCAAAGCUCAAGGCUAACUCCGUCUUUUCUCUCCCUCGACGCACUGGAUCUGUAACUCCGAAUAAACCGACGCAACCCGAUUCAGCUCCACAGAGCAACGAAUUGCAACAAGGGAAUUCAAAUCAAGCUGCACAGAUAAAGCCUCAACAAUAAGAAGAAUUGCCGAUGAUGUUUUUUGAUGGAUUUGUCUUGAAUGUAUAGACAAGUGAAGGAUCUGUAUUUGCUGUAAUGUGUAAGCACAGAUGAAAGGAGGAAAUAUUUAUAGCUUCAAAGGCAGGCCUGUUUCUGCAGCAUUAGCCCUAGUUGUUCUUGUUCUUUUUAGCACAUUACUGUGGACUUGGGAAACAAAUCCAAUUGCCACCACUUUUAGAUCAGCUCAAGAAUGGUACCACUUACCUUCAGACUUUCAUUUGGAACUCCCAAUUGAUUCAGUGGGAACUGCAAAGCCGAAAAAAGUCGUGGAAAAAUCCUUAACCCCCUCCCGACAAAAUAAAACAAAAUUGCAACUUGGUAUCAAGGGUGCAGCAGCUGUAGAUUCUAUACGUCCCCAAUCUUCGGAUUUUUUACACAAAAAAGAUUUGAAGUCUUCUUCCAGAAAUGAAGCUUGUAAUUAUGCCAAUGGUAAGUGGGUUGCAGAUAGCAGGAGACCACUCUAUUCUGGUUUCAACUGUAAGCAAUGGUUAUCAUCAAUGUGGUCUUGUAGAAUGACACAACGGCCAGAUUUCUCAUUUGAGGGAUUUCGCUGGCAGCCAAAAAAUUGUGAUAUGCAAGAGUUUGACCGGUCUAUGUUCUUGAGAAAGAUGAAGGACAAAACAAUUGCAUUUAUAGGUGAUUCAUUGGGCCGUCAACAAUUUCAAUCUCUGAUGUGUAUGGCCACUGGUGGAGAAGAGAGUCCAGAAGUUGAAAACGUGGGGUGGGAGUAUGGUCUUGUAAAACACCGUGGAGCAAUUCGUCCUGAUGGAUGGGCUUACAGAUUUCCAAGGACAAAUACGACCAUCCUAUAUUAUUGGUCAGCUAGCUUAUGUGAUCUUGUGCCCCUAAACAUCAGCGACAAACAUACAAACAUUGCCAUGCAUUUAGACCGUCCACCCGCAUUUAUGAGACAGUUCCUCCAUCGCUUUAAUGUUUUGGUUCUCAAUACAGGACACCAUUGGAACCGUGGGAAGCUCAACGGAAACAGGUGGAUAAUGCAUGUUAAUGGAAUGCCAAAUGAAAACAAAAAGAUUGAAGAAAUUGCAAAUGCCAAAAAGUUAGCAAUCAAGAGCGUAGUCAGAUGGCUUGAUUUGCAACUUGUUUUGCAUCCCCAGCUCAAAGUUUUCUUCAGGACUUUAUCACCUAGGCAUUUCAUCAACGGAGAUUGGAAUACCGGUGGGAGCUGUGAUAACACUAUCCCAUUAUCAAAUGGCAAUGAGGCCUCACAGGUAGGAUCCAGUGAUCCAGUUAUUGAGGGUGCACUAAAGGGUACAAAGAUUAAGAUAUUGGAUAUAACCCCUCUUUCGCAAUUGAGGGACGAGGCUCACAUGUCCCGCUACACUCUUAGAGGAAUUGUUAAUGCUAGUGAUUGUUUGCAUUGGUGCUUGCCUGGAAUUCCAGAUACAUGGAAUGAACUCCUAGUUACUCAGCUAUAGUGUGUGUCACAGUUUAGUCAACCCCUUCCUUUUUCUGAUAGUGUUUUUUGGGGAAUCGGAAUCUGUCUAUUCUUUUAGGUCUAGGAAUACCUGACCAAGUAUUCUUGAGGCAAAUGUAUUUCACAAAAUUUACUCUCACUGAGUAGUGAAUAUGAUUAUAGGGAGAUAAUAUUGUUUCACUCAUUUUCAGUCCGAACAUAGGUCAAGUUUGAUGUCGUAGGACAUAAUUUGGAGGCACGAGCUAAAUACCUUAUGUGUUUGCCGGAGAGAUGGCAUGGCCUAUAUUAUAUCGAUCAAUUUGAAAUAGUUUUUUUUUUUUUGUAAUAAGUUGUAUCAGUGUAUAUGUGUGAUAAUUGGUUUCAAUAAGAAAUGGUCUACACAAAUUCUGUUUGCUAGUGAUCCAA